CGUGUGUGUAACAUUUAUUUCUUGUAGUUGGCAGUUGGCUAAAUGAUAUAAACAAUAAUAAAUAUUGCUACUUGCAGCUACUUGCUCUUUAUAAUUGUACCAUUUGUACCUCAAUCAUACCUCAUUAUGAUCAUUGUAUUUUAUACCCUUUUGCAUUUGGUUGUAAAAAGUCGAAAUCUUUUUAUUUCUUUCUAUCAACAACCAUUAAUAAAUUAUGGAAGUGAUCAUCUCGAGGUAAAAAAGACACAGCAAACAUCAUCAAAGAAACUUAUCAUCACGGCUUCUUCAAUAACGAAGAUUGAUACUCCAGUUGGUUUACUCACUCGUAUUAAACAGCGUUUAUGUGACGAGGGAAAACUAUCGGAAGAUGCACGAAAAAUUAUUGAUGAAUAUAUCGAUGAUGAAGAAAAAUAUAACUCUUCAAUAGUAAGAUGCAAGAAAGACUGGAAGCCUAGGCCAGAACGUACGCCAGAACAAUUGAAAAUUCUUGAAUCAACAUGUCAAAAGUCAACUGAAUAUGAGCUGUUUUGUAAAGAGUUAGGACCACAUCCAACACUUGAUGAGAUAAAAGAAAAAGAAAAGCUCAGUGGCGAAGUCCGUGAACUUAUCCAUCAACUUUAUACGAGUCUUUAAAAAAUUAAUAUACUUGUUACAUUUUUUUACAUAAAUAAUCCAUUUAAUUUAAUUUAAUGGAUAAUUUAUGUAUAUGGAUAAAUAAAACAAAAAAAUUAAAAAAAAACACUAAAUAAUCUUAUGCUGUAUGUUUAAAUAUUAAAUAAAAAUUAUUCUAGAAAACAUUCGUUUAUUUUCUAGUUAAAAAUGUAAAAA